GGAUUUGACGUAAGGUCAAUCCGUAGGUCAUGUACCGGGAUUACGGCCUGGCGCAAACUCCGUUUAUCGAUAAGUUAGAGACUCUUAAUCAAGCAACAAUUCCAGAAAUACCUGUGUACAAACCUACGGUUGCAGAAUUUGAAGACUUCAGCAAAUGUAUUUCCAUGAUAGAGUCCCUCGGUGCUCAUCAUGUAGGACUUUGCAAAGUAAUACCACCGUCAAAUUGGGUUGGGCGUCGCAAAGGUUAUGACAACAUUGAUGAAUGUUUGGUGGAAAAACCUAUAUGUCAAAGCACAUAUGGUGGGCGUGGUAUAUAUUUUCAGGAUAUUUCACCCAGAAAAAGUCUCAAAUUCAGUGACUUUAAAAAUAUUGCUUUAUCAAAUAUAUAUUGCACCCCUAAGUACAGGGACUACGAUCACCUUGAAAGAAAGUACUGGUCGUCGAUAGGCACAAGUCGUCCACUGUAUGGGGCUAAUGUCAAUGGAACUUUGAUGGACAUUGACCAGCAUAUCUGGAACGUUGCAAAACUCGACUCAGUACUAAGUCGGGUUUUCGAAGAAGAGGGUGUACAAAUACCAGGUGUGAAUACUCCAUAUUUGUAUUAUGGAAUGUGGCGAUCUACGUUUCCGUGGCAUGUUGAAGAUGUAGACUUGUACUCUAUAAACUACCUGCAUUACGGUUUUCCAAAGUGCUGGUACGUCAUACCUCCGGCUUUUGCGCGUAAAUUUGAAUCCUUUGUUUCCGAAUAUUUUAGGUCGGAAUUCUUGAAAUGUCAUUGUUUCUUAAGGCAUAAAUGCGUUUUAAUUAGUCCUACAGUUCUUUCCCAGUCUGGAAUCCCAACUAAGAAAAUUUUGCAACACGAAGGUGAAUUUAUGAUAACUUUUCCUUACGCUUAUCAUUCCGGUUUCAAUAUGGGUUUAAACAUUGCUGAAUCAACAAAUUUUGCACUUACUAGGUGGAUAGAGUACGGAAAACACGCGAAAAUAUGUACCUGUUGGGAUGACACAGUUAAAAUAUGUAUGGAUCCUUUUGUGCGAAGAUUUCAACCCGAGUUGUAUAAUGAUUGGAAAAAUGGAAAAAACCUACCACCUCAUCCUCUCGAUGAAUAUUUGCCAAAGGAAACAAGUCAUCAUGUUGAGAGCAUACUCACGUAUCCAGACAGUGCCAAGGAUAAAUUGCGUAUCGAGAACAAUGAGGUUACGGCCAAAGACCCUUCUCUUUUUAAACCUUACUCUUCUGAUUCCCCGCCCCCCAAAGUUGGCGAUCUAAACUCCAUUGAUCUGCGGUAUUCCUCAAAACAGUUCGAAACGGCCAAAAUUCCUUUUCAUAUCGCUACUAAUCCUCGCUUGUACCCUCUGUGGUGUGGAAAUCCAGCUAAUGAACAGAUUGAACGAAAUUUCAACAUUUUCAUUGGAAGUCAUAAACCGUAUUGUGCUGUUUGCUCAUUUUUGUGGACUCCUCAGCAUGUUUCUAAGCUUUUAUCUAGUGGACAUAGAGAAGACAAACUACCUUUAUACUCAGAACCACACAUUCCUGAAGUUGCAUAUCACAGCUAUAAUUCUUCUGUACAGUUUCCUCCGACAGUUAAAAGCCGUAUACUCAGGUGUUUUCGUUGUUGCUUAACUGUACAUGCUAGAUGUUAUGGUGUACAAGAUGAACUUGGAUUUAAAUUUGAGUCUUCAUCAGAACAAAAACAUAAUCUAAACUUUAAAAAAUCUUGGUAUUGCGAUGCUUGUAUGGCGAGUUCAAAACCCACAUGCGUAUUUUGUUAUAUGCGCGGUGGAGCUAUUAAACCAUUAGCCAACAUCAAUAAUGCAUUUACUGGACGACCUUACUGGGCACAUUUAGUUUGUGCACUAAUUACUCCAGGUUGCUAUUUUAAAGAUGUGCCUAAACGACUGGCAUUUAUUUCUGAAGACACGAUCAAAUCAGCUAUAUCUUCAGCCAUAUUAUAUUCCAACGAAGGUAAUAAACGUGUGGUUAACGAAAUGCAAAAUAUCAGUUCGCCAAAUCGCUUCUCUGAGGAUGUUCCCUUCAAAUCUUCAAGUUAUUUGCAAAGGAAUUUGAAGUUAUUGCGUAAGAAACCACCUAAUGUUGAUAACAAUAUUUUACGAGAAUAUUAUGAAUCACCUGAUCAGAGAAGUAAAAUAUGUCGAUUAAAGAAGUCGAAUAAUCGUUUUUCACGAAAGCUACUCAACACUACUUCCACAGUUUCAGUUGAUUUUAAUUUUAAAAAAAUAAAACCAUUCAUUCAGAAUAAUAACAAUGGAAUUUUUAGUGUUCAUCAUUCUGACAAUACUAACAUACCAGUUGAAACUGGAGACAAAAUUGCAUCAUCUCUUCCUUCAAUAUGUUUUGUGUGUCAAUUACCUGGGAGAGGAUUUCUUCCAUUGGCUUCCUGCUGGCAUAAUGGUUGUUCUACACAGUUUCAUGUUACUUGUGCUCAAAUGGCUGGUAUUGUUAUUGGAACUGAUGUAUAUCCUCGGUUCUUUUAUAUCGCAUGCAGUAAACAUCCUACUAACUACGAUCACCCAAAUUUUCACGAUCACGAUUCCGUUUCCCCAGGAGAUGAAGUAAUGGUACAAGAAACCAGUGAUCCUAUAUUUUCAUCCGCUAUUGCUAUCCGACGAGUAACUCCUUUAUACUGCCGUAUUUCAUUUCCUGAUGGAACCUUCUCAUCAGAUACACCACCAGAGUAUUUGACAAAUGUUGAUUGGUUCAAAGAUGGACCUCCAGAAAAAGGAUCACUUAUUAAAGUUUUAUGGGAUGAUGGAAUGGAAUAUUCGGGAACGUAUGAAGGUACUACUUCUGAACAGUGGGAACAUUUCAAUUUGUUCAAUAAUUUGUUUCUACUUCACAAAAGGUUCAACUGGAAUCUGGAGAGAUUAGAGUAUUUAAUCGUGAACAGUUUUAUGUACAACCAAAAACUAAAUAUUCAGAUAGUAAGUCAAAACGAUGCAUAAGAUUUUUUCUUUUAUCCAUUCCUUUUUAUCAUACUUUUAGAUAAAUGUAAGAAAAAUUAUUACUAGCCUUUAUGAGAUUGUUUAGAUUGCAAACUAAAUUAUAUACUAACAAGUAUGAUAUUUGAAUUUAAAAGGAAAUAAAAGUCAUGGUGUAUCAUUUUAUUCAUCAGUCUUCUGGUUGGUUACUAACUAAUAUACAUGACUAAACUCUGAACUAACUAAAUGUCGAUUUCACUUCAAUAAUUGAUUCUUGUUGUUGAGUGUUGCACACCUUGAAGAUGGUCAUUGUCUCGCUUUAUUUAAUUAAGCUAAACUUGGAUGGUGAAAUCUUUGGAGACAACUUAUGUGAUAAGUUUUUGUUGAGUUGAUGUUUCUCGUGGGUCAUCCAGAUUUGUCAUUAAGUUUUCAAGCUCUCAUCUCGUUCUGACCCAUUAUAGUAUGAUGAAAAAGUUAUUCAAAUUAUUACAUCUUCUACUUGAUUACGGCUAAUACGGUGUUUGGCUUCAGUACUCGAAUACGCAGAAGCCACGAUUGUAAAACCGAAAAAAAGAUACAAGAAAGCAGGAGAAGCAUUUAUUAAGUGUCGAAAAUGUAUUUGAAAUUUUUCGGUUUGGGCUAUAACAAUUUUAAUCCAUUAGUAUAUGCAAUUGUUUAUGUAUUCCAUUUUAUUGGUACAAACGGGCAUCAAAUACAUAUGUGCCUCACAAAAAAUUUUCGGUGCAAUGUUAGCUAGCCUUGAACAUAGUCCGGUUUGAUAUUAAGUAACAAGAGAAGCUUCAACUUAUUUACUGACACUGAUCCGUUUAGGACAAUGAAUUUGUUGGCCACUGAAAAGUAAGGUAAGAUUG